AUGGCUGCAGAGGAGCGCGAAGCGAGCGCGUCGCUGCGUCGUACAGAGUCUUUGCUUGCGCGGUACGGCGGAGAAAACGGGCCGACUGGCCAUGCAAGUGUUGGGGAUGGCCAUGCUCCAGUAUCGCUCGCUGCGUUUAUGGGCGGAAAAGCACACGAGCCGCGUCUUGGCAAGCUGCAAGGCGACGGCCGCACCUCGCCUCCAGAGGCGUCGCUCGGCGAUCGACAAAAGUAUCAUGGUUUGCCUGGCAUGGCAAAGCCAGAAGGAUCCAUGGCGAGCUUUCUGGAAAAGCGGCACGAAGAGCUGCAUGGUAAAGACGCGGACGAGCGUCCAGUGGGACGUAACGAUAUGGGCGCUAGCGACGAAUGCACUACGGUGGCGGAUGCUGCGAAAACAGACCUACCGGCUGCAAAGCCAUUGCGAAGCACACACGGCAAGCGCAUCGUAGUGCUCAUCAGCGGAUCCGGCAGCAACUUACAGGCCCUCAUUGACGCUACGUGCGAACCGAAUCCAACCAUUCGCGACGCGCAAAUUGUGCGUGUCCUAUCGAAUCGAAUGUCUGCCUCCGGCCUGCAGCGUGCGAAAAACGUCGAGCCGCCUAUUCCCACAGUCGUGCACAGCCUGAAAACGUUCCAGAACAGGAAUCCCGGCAAGACGCGCGAGGACUACGACGUGGUCCUUGCCGAGCGUGUGCUUGGCGACGAAGCGCCUCCCGACCUUGUAGUCCUUGCCGGAUUUAUGCACAUUGUCUCCGAGACGUUCCUCAGCGCGCUCGGCCACGCCACAAGCCUUGCGCAUCCACCCACAUUCUCCCAUCGCCCCACCCACCCCAUCGCAAUCAUUAAUCUUCACCCCGCGCUUCCCGGCGCAUUUGACGGCGCAAACGCCAUCGACCGUGCGUACGAUGCAUUCCAGCGCGGUGAGAUUCAGCACACCGGGGUCAUGGUCCACAAGGUCGUAGCAGAAGUCGAUCGCGGCGCGCCGAUUCUAGUGCAGAAUGUGCCAAUCUACAAAGGCGAGCCACGCGCUGCGCUAGAAGAGCGAAUGCACGCCGUGGAGCACCGCUUGAUUGUGGACGCGACCAUCAAGGUGCUUGCAGGCGAAGAAUUGCCUUUUUUUGCGCGCGUCUCUGGCACAGAGCUCGAGCCACUCGACACGGAGUGGCCUGUGCUGCACGAUACAGACAGUGCCGUGCUUGUGCAUGGCACCACAGCGUACUUGUGGCGCGGCGAGUGCGCUGCGUCUUCGACGCCGCCCGGGGCGCUUGCGAAACUCGGUACCUCGCAUCAAGUUGUGCACCAAGGCAGCGAGCCGCCUGCUUUUUUGCACGCGCUCCGCCACCUCGUAACAAGGCACAACACAGUCUCCACCUGUGACGCGCAGCUCUUCACCGUCCGCGGCGACGGUGUACUCAUAGAUGAGGUCGACCCCGCCGCGCCCACAUUGAGCGCCGCAUUCAGCGCAGUCGCACGUACGCCUGCAUACGUCUACGUAUGGCACGGCCGUGGCAGCGACGACACACAGCGCCACAGCGCCGAGGCGUUUGCCCGCACACUGCACGGCCAACCUGUCGUCGUGGAGCAAGGCGCUGACGGAGCGUGGUGGCAACUAUUUCCUACUCAGGACUAUGCUAACGGAUGGCACAUCUUGCAUCGGCGCUCGCUUCCUGCGCAGCGCAUGCCAGCUUUGUACCCAACGCACGACGCCGCCGCACCCGUGCCAUUCACCAGUGCGGCGCUGAAGCCCGAUGCCGUGGCGAUUCUCGACGACCAGCUGGAACUCUACGUGCUCAUCGGCCGCUGCGCACACGACAGCGACUCGAUCUAUGCGGCGCUGGAUCGCGCCGAGGCUAUGGCCGCGGCGGCACAAGCGGUCCGCGGCGGUGGCACAGCGAUGCGCCCGCCCGUGCAUGUGCUUACCUUUCCGACCAUCGUCCCAACGGACCUCCGUGUCUUGUCCCGCGGGCGCUGGGACGAUGCACACCUGCAAGGCAGCCAGCCGCCCUUGCUUCUCCGCAGCGCGACCGCCGCCGACGCCCGAAUUUCACGCCGCGUCGCUCAUUCGCACAGAGCACGCGGCGCUGCAGGGGCCAAGCCGGAGAUUACGUAA